AUGGCCGAGCCAAACCCGUCUUUGCCCAGCCGGCGCAACCUACCGCGCGCAUCGCACGCGUGUCAGCGAUGCCGUGCCAAGAAGGCAAAGUGUGACCAGAGACAGCCGUGCGCGAACUGCAUCAAGCACCUUGAAGAGUGCACGUAUGGACUUCGAAGACGAAAUGAUCGGAAUCGAAAUAGCCGUGUCCCUAGCUCGGAUCGACGGGGCGCGGCAAGUCCGCAACGCCGUUUGCCAACCGUCCCGUCUACUCGAGAUGGCAGAGAUGAGCUGUCGAGGGGGAGCCAGACCUUGGAACACUCUCAAGGAUCAGACCGUGUAGCCUUUGCGCAACAACCUCUACCGUCGGAUAAUGCUGACGUAGUAGGAGAUGUCAACCAGCACACUCACGGAACUGAGUUCUACGGCACGUCCUCUAACUUUGUGCUUCUCAAUCAAUUCUUUGCGUAUGCUCAGGAGCAUCUUCCUCCUGGGCAUCCAAACUCCGGCAGCCUCAAAGAGACGUCCUAUCUAUCUCCUGCCAGCGGCAGGGCCAGCGAGCCGUCCUCCUUUCGGGAUCAGAGUAGCCCGUGGGCAUCUGGAGGGAUUGUUUCGGGACCUGGUCUUACUGCUCCGUCACCGGUUUCCAUUGUCAAUCUUCUUUCAAACGAAGAAGCACUAGAGCCGCUGUCGAGGCCAAAAACACCUCCACGUGUAACUGAAAACCAAUUAGGCGUUUCCGUGGAUGCUCCUCCUGCUCUGGGCCGCAUAAGAAAUGAAAGUCAUACGGAAUUCAUGCACCGUGACGGCCACACGUCAACUCCCAAAAAUAGUGCCAGUGGAGAGAGCACUAGCAAUCUUCAUUCGUCUGCUCACGCUGCCUCCAAGGGAAAUCCCGUCCCUGAUAGUCCUCUGCAGGCUGCCAGGAAAGGGCUAGAACGAGAAUACGUCCGUGUAUACAUGAGCAACUUGCAUCAUCUUCAUCCCAUGCUUGAUCCCAUUGCGUUUACAGCAAGAUGCGAGGAGGUAAUAUGGGGCGUACACACGCCGCUUGAAAGGAACAAGCAUCUUAGGCAUUUCUUCGCCCUGUACAACAUCGUGGUAGCGGUUGGGGCGCUCAUUGCUGACCCUGGCAUAACCCAGAAUUUUGAGCCAGAUGUCAGCUCGUCUGUGAAGCAGCCAGCACAAUGUGAAGACUCGAGCUCAGCACUUUCCAGCCAGGCGCUGUCGAGGAAAUAUUUCCGAAAGUCCAGGGCUUUGCUCGGAGAUGUCUUUGAAGUUUGCUCACUGGAGAGCGCCCAAACCCUUCUUCUAAUGUCGCUGUACUGUCAAAACUCUCUCAAGCCGCAUGCGUGCUAUAUGUACUGUGGGCACGCUGUCCGAACUGCACUUGCCAUUGGAAUAGCAAGAGAAUCCAUGUCGAGUUCCAUCGAAGAUCACAAAGCCGCGCGACGCACCUGGUGGUGCAUCUACUCUCACGAAAUAGACAUGAGCUGCAGCGCAGGUCGCCGUGACAGUCUUGGAAAGCCUCGAAACUACCAAAUUAGUCUGCCACGUAUCAGAGACCAGGUAUCCACCGUCUCCCACAAAUCUGAGCUGGAGAACUGUAGCGUUGCAAUGAUUAACGGAAUGGUUUACUUCGCUGCAAUCUUGAGGCGCAUCUCGAAAGAACUGUACUACGACUCAAAGGGCCUCACUUUGCUGCAAAAGUCUGCGGUUGCAAAGGAGCUUGAUGCUCUUCUUGAUGACUGGAAGGAUCGGCUACCCGAGUACCUUGAUUUCAGCCGGGUAUCUUUCCGUGAAGCAGAAUGGGCGGCAAAGCAGAAGCUCGUUCUAUACUUGAGGUAUCUGAACGCUAGGAUUGUCUUGCAUCGACUAUUCCUGGAGGCACCUAUGAGCAGAACGCGAGCACAGUUGUCAGGACACGUCGACUCUUGUCUAGAUGCGGCCCGAGACACAAUCAGAGUCAUGUACGAUGCGUACACCAAUCGACACUACUUUCGGACGUGGUGGUACAACUCCACGUAUACCUUGUAUGCUGGGAUGAUCGUCCUGUACAUUGUUAUGCUUGGCCAUACUGCUGUGUCUAGUAACGAACUCCUCGACGACGUCAUCAAAGCCCAGGAUAUUCUCCAAUCCAUGGAGGAAGCUAUUGUAGCUCGACGAAGUGCGAAUUUGAUAAGAGAAGGCUUGGAGGUGGCGCGAGCAUGUGUUCAGAGCCAGCGGGAUCAAUCUGCCCGGCCCGAAGCGACGAACCAUGGGCAUGAAUUUGGCGAAUCUCAGGGCCAGUUAGGCGUAGACGAUAUGCCAAACCAAGCUGGAAACAGUUUGUCAAGGACGUUGUUCUCCCAUGCUGUCCCUGGGCAGGAUCCUGCCCUAUUGGCGUCUAUUAUAGAUCCAAACUUGCUGCAAGAUUUCACAGCAGCAGAUAAGGAUGUGUCGGACCAAGGGUUUGCGACAUUUCCAUCUGAUAGCUUGUAUGGAGAUGGGCUAGACGUUCAUCUAAUAUCGAUGAUGGUGUGA